CCGGUCUUGGUCGGUACCUUUAAUCAAAGUUCAAUCUUUUGGAAAUCCAACCCCAAAAAAUAUCUUUCUUUUUUUCCUUCUUCUUCCACAGCCCAAAGCAACUUUUAGUGUUUUUCUUCUCUCGAAUCUGUAUUGCACUCCUACAAUUCUUCAUCUUUCUGCAGUGAAUCACAUAUUUUGUUCUCCAUUUUUCAGUGUUUUCCUUUGGUCUUUCUUGUUCUACAAAGAAAGGGGACAGUUUUUUUUUGUGCCCCGUUAAUUUUCUGUUUUCUCUCUAUUUUACACACAAGAAUCGUGGAGAAAAUGCAAGGUAGUAAUCUUGCUUUUGGAUUCAGCGAUGGUGCUGAUAUUCGGGCUUCACUGUCACAGCUCAUUUUAGCAGGGGGCACAACAAACACCUUGGACUCCAUAUUUUCUCAUUGCCCUCCAUCCACGACGGCCCUCGCCGGCCCUGUUUAUGAGCGACUGGGUUCUUCGGUCUAUCUCCGCCAGAGAGAUCUCCUACAAAAGUUAUGUAAAGAAAACAGAGCCAAUUACGGUUGGUGGAUGCAGGAUUUAGGGACAAGUUUCCUCCAGAACUCUGCAUUAACGAGCAUGGAUGUUAGUCCAACGAAGAAGAAGCUAUACAGGGGAGUAAGGCAGAGGCACUGGGGGAAAUGGGUAGCUGAAAUUAGGCUACCUCAAAACAGAAUGCGGGUGUGGUUAGGCACCUACGAUACAGCAGAAGCAGCAGCCUGUGCAUACGAUCGUGCAGCGUAUAAGCUGAGGGGGGAGUACGCGAGGUUGAACUUUCCAAAUUUGAAGGAUCCAAGUAAGUUGGGGUUGGGAGAUCGCACGGCAAUGAAUGCUUUGAAAAAUGCGGUGGAUGCCAAGAUUCAGGCUAUUUUACAAAAGUUGAAAAAGGAAAGAGCGAAAAAGAAUGCAAAGAAAAGAGAAUCUCCUGUUGCUCGUGAAACAGAGAAGGAAGUUAAGGAGGUGGAUGAUUCUCCUCCUUGUUCAUCGUCUUCAUCUUUGUCAGCCGUGGUCUUUAGCAACGAAUUGUCUUCGCCAACUGUCUCUGAAGAUGGGGUUUGGAGAUGUGAGAAUUCUUCGCCGCCAUCUGUUUCAAAUGAUUUCCCGAUGAUCGGAGCAGAGGAACUCGAACUGGAGGGCUGUUCGUUGGCCAGAAUGCCAUCUUACGACGCCGAAUUGAUAUGGGAGGUCCUAAACUAAUUAGAUUUCAAAAGAGAUGUUCUAGCUUCUGUAGUGACAAGUGUAAAUUGUUUGUUAUUGCUCUCUGGCAGGCUGUCCUGUUAUUUUAAUGUUUGGCCGUAUAGUUUGUUUGCAGUUCCUAUCUGGAAGGCUCUUAAUAAAUAGCAAUAAAAAGUAAGAGCAAGUUUUGAGUGGAAAGAAUGUAAUUUUCUUUUUCUUGAAAUAAAAUUUUGAGUUGAUG